UCAUACUUUCUUUCGUGCUGAACCUUCAGUUCAAUGUUUUUUUUAUAACCGGGGUUUAUUUUGUAUUACAAAAUGACGUUCAAUUUUUUAACUUUUUCGCUUAUAAUCUGUUUGUUGCAGUUUUCCCAAUCAAAGGAUAUCCCCCAAGACUUGCUUAGAUGUCGCCCUACUGAUGAUGAUUGUUUGGUCAAAACGGCAAAUGAUAUUUUACGCAGCCACCCUAACGGAUAUCCUGAAUUAAAUCUUGACAAUCUCGAGCCUUUUUCUAUGGGUGUCAUUAGAAUUAAAGGUGAUUCUUCAAAACCAAUUAAUUUUGAUUUGGAAAUGACAAAUUUGACAAUCAGUGGAUAUUCGAAAAUGACUUUUACUAAAUUCAGUGGUUUCAAAGAUGAACCAAAAGAUUUAGUUAUUGAUACAGAAUCUUUUGUCGAUGAAAUUGAAAUUAAAGGAAAAUAUAAAGUUUCCGGAAAGAUGUUACUCUUUCCUAUAACUGGAGAUGGUGAUUUAAGUGUCAAAAUAUAUGGCCUUCAAGUUAAAUUUCGUGCAAAACCAAAAGUUGAAGUUAGAAACGGAAAAGAAUAUCUCAGAUCGGAUUACUAUAAAAUAAAAGCUAAAGCUGAUAAAAUGACAGUGAAAUGUUCAAAUUUAUUCAAUGGUGAUAAAGUUCUAAGUGAAAGUAUGCACAAAAUUUUAAAUGAGAACUGGCAAGUUUUGUUUGAAGAAAUGCAUGAAGAUUUUGCUAAUCAUCUAGCUAAAGUCAAUGGAGAUACUUUAGAUAAAACUAUGAAGGAUUUUGCCUACAAUGAAAUCUUUUCCAAGGACUUGAUUCGAUGUCGACCUACUGAUGAUGAAUGCUUGGUCAAAGUAGCAAACGAUAUUCUUCACAGCCACCCUAAUGGAUAUCCUGAAUUGAAUAUUGACAAUCUUGAGCCCUCUCCUAUAGGUGCCAUAAAAAUAAAGGGUGAUUCUUCAAAGCCAGUUAAUUUUGAUUUGGAAAUGACAAAUUUGACAUUCAGUGGAUAUUCGAAAAUGACUUUUACCAAAUUCAGUGGUUUCAAAAAUGAACCAAAAGAUUUAGUUAUUGACACUGAAUCUUUGUGUGAUGAAGCUGAAAUCAAAGGAAAAUAUAAAGUUUCUGGAAAGAUGUUACUUUUUCCCAUAACUGGAGAUGGUGAUAUUAGUAUCAAAAUUAAUGGUCUUCAUAUAAAAUCUCGUUCAAAGCCCAAAACUGAAUUGAGAGAUGGAAAAGAAUAUCUAAAAACGGAUUAUUAUAAAAUAAAAGCUAAAGCUGAUCAUAUGACAGUGAAAUGCUCAAAUUUAUUCAACGGUGACAAGGUUUUAAGUGAAAGUAUGCACAAAAUUUUAAAUGAAAACUGGCAAGUUCUAUGGGAAGAAAUGGAAGCUAGUUUUGAUGAACAACUGUCAAAAGUCAAUGGAGAAACUUUAGAUAAAGUUAUGAAUGAUUUUCCGUACAAGGAAUUAUUUUUAAUUGAUUAAUGAAGCAAAAAAAUUAAGAACUCGUUAUUUUAAACAUAUUUGGCUCUUAUUAAAAAACUUGUUUUUCUUUGUAAUGUAUUAACGUGAAUGAAAUUUCUUUACUGUGGUGU